CUCUCGUUCACACACAAACCCUCGUAUAUAUAUACACACACAUACGCAUACUGUCACUAAUGCUUUUCUCUCUUUAUAUAUAUUGACAACCUUGCGAUCUCUCUUUUACAAGAUCUGUCUGAAUAGUGAGGGGAUUCCUAGGUUUCAGAGAAAAUAAUGGCACCACUCAAAUACUUGUGUUUUAGAAAGUUACUGUUGUUGCUUUAUUUCAUUCUUUUCCUUUUCUCUUGUUCUUCUUUCUUUGUUACUUUUGGCUCAUCAGAAACUUCUGUUGAUGAUGACCGACAACAAGUACAAUCCUUAGAUCCACAUUUUAGAGUGAGAAGAUUGUUGGUGAAAGAUCUCGAAACUGGUGAGGGUGAUGAAGAAACCAAUCCCCCUCCCCCUAAGAAGAAGAAGCUUACUGGUUCUGUUCCAUCAACACCUAGUAUUAAGAAGAAUCAAACCAAGCUCAUCAAACCGAUCUCUUCUUCUUCUUCUACCAAGAACCAAACUAAACUCGCCAAGACUACGUCUUCCAAACUCAACUCCACCAAAUCUUCUUCUAACACAACCAAGUACGGAUCAGACCUCAAGAAGUCCUCAAACUCUACAAAACCCACUACUUCUUCGAUCAAGAAGUCAUCAGAUCUGUCCAAAUCAACCUCAUCCAAGAACAAAACCACCACAAAGCUCCCAAGUUCCAAACUAUCUCCUCCUCCUCCAGAAAAGAAGAAAACACCAUCCUCCUCAAAACCCACAACCAAACCAAAACCAGCAGAGAAAGAAAUAAAACCAAUCUGGCUAGACAACGAGGAAGACGACGACUUCGUCAACGAGUUCAGAGACCUCCCCACGAGAUUCCAAAGAACCCUAAUCCCAGACCUAGAAAAAAUCUCAACCACAUCCAAAAGCUACAUCAACAAAGCCAACAAAGAGAUCACCAAGAAGUACUUCAAACCCUACUUCAGCAACAAGUACGCACCAACCAUCACCUCCGUAGUCUCCUUCGUCUUCAUCCUCGUCCCUCUUCUCCUAGUCUCCCUCGUCUUCAACCGCUUCAAAGCCUACUUCUCCCUCCAAAAACUCCUAAUCUUCAUCCAAAUCUAUCUCUCCAUCUACUUCUCAAUCCUAUGCCUCUCGUCCCUCGUCACUGGCAUCGAACCUCUCAAGUUCCUCUACGCCACGUCAGGCUCGACCUACGUGUGCUUGCAGAUCAUGCAAACCCUAGGCUACGUGUUCUACCUCUUGGUUCUUCUCAUAUACCUUGUUCUCGUCUUCUCCACGGACUGUGGCUUGGCCCUCAAGGUACUAGGUUUGGCGCAGACGUUCGUGGGGUUUGCAGUGGGGUUGCAUUAUUACGUGACGGUGUUUCAUAGGGUGGUGCUUCGUCAGCCUCCGAAGACGAACUGGAAGGUGCAUGGGGUUUAUGCCUCGUGUUUUCUUCUGAUUUGUGUGUUGUCUAGUGCGGAGAGGAGGAAGAAAGAGUACUUGGAAGAAGGCGGUGACCAAGGAAAGAAAAAUUAAUAUUUUUUUGCUUCAUCAUAUUUUUAUAAUUUCGGCAAAAAAUGUAGCUGAAAAUGCAAUAGAAGAACAAUUACUAGUGAA